AUGAAUAGGAUCUUCACUCCAUCACUAUAUAAGCAGCGAGAUCAGCUUGUUAUUGAUAUGGUUGAAAAGACCAAACCCAAAUCGGUCAUGGAUCUUGGAUGUGGUGACUGCAGACUGCUUAAGAGGCUAAAAUUUCUCCGCCACGGGGCAGAGUUGCUUGUAGGAGUCGAUAUCGACUGCAACGUCAUUCGCGAGAAAAUGCGUGCACUAGCACCGCUCGUCAGUGACUACCUGCAACCUGGCAACCGACCCCUCACAGUGGAACUAUACCACGGCUCCGUGAUGGAGAGAGAACCGUGCACUAGAGGGUUUGAUCUUGUCACAUGCAUCGAACUCAUUGAGCACCUGCAGUUAGCCGAAGUGGACACGUUUUCAGAGGUUGUUUUUGGAUACAUGGCACCAGUCACAGUGGUUGUCAGCACCCCUAACGCAGAGUUUAACCCCUUGCUCCCCGGCCUGACGGGGUUCAGACACGUCGACCACAAAUUUGAGUGGACGAGAGCGGAGUUUAGAGCGUGGGCCUACGGUGUUUGUUGGGAGUAUGGCUACUCAGUGGAGUUCACAGGGUUAGGAGAGCCCCCCGACCAAGAGAUGGAUGUUGGCUUCUGUUGUCAGAUUGGUGUGUUCCACAAACACAGCCCAACUGUCUUGGGAAGAGAAGCAUUGACCAGAAGGAACACAGAUGUGGAGCCGUCUGUCUAUAGACUGAUGUACAGAGUGGUUUAUCCCAGUCUGUAUGAUAACAACAUCUUCCAGAGAACCUUGGUGAAUGAGGUGCUUUACCGGGCGGAGUUUCUGAAAAAGCUUUGGCGAGACAGAGAGCGGGGUUUACCCCGCGCCGACGGCAACGUGGGGGAACGCCUCGGAGACGGGGCAGAAACGGGGCGGAACGAGCAGGAUGGUACAGGAGAGGCGCAGAUGCCCUACAGGCAGGGUAGUUCCAUCUGUGUGCCCCUGGAGAGCGUAUGGUCCUGCCCCAGAGUGAGUGCUCUGUGUGGGACGGUCCAGAGCCUUAGAGAGGGUCUGAGGGAGGAGACACGGGUCCAACUGACGGCUGAUGGAGACGCUGUCGUCCUGGCUGUGGAUGAGGAUGAGGAAGAGGAUGAGGAAGAGGAAGAUGAGAGAAAGGACGGUGAAGAGGACUGGGAGUCUGGCGAAGCAUCACUGGGAGCUCUGGCCAGUCGUUGUGGAGUGAACACUGUGGAUGACUGGGACGACUGGGAAGCAGAACUUUACUAACAUCUGAUUUAGGUGGUGGAGGAAUUGGACUCUGAAACUUGUGCAAUUAAU